AUGACUUUCCUUAACUGUAGCAGUCCCCAUCCCAGAGCAUGGAGGUGGAAUAGUACGAAAGCCUGCGAGAGGGCGCUGCAGUACCAAGUCGGAGAGAAGAUCCAUGGAUUCACCGUGAGCCAGGUAACGCCUGUCCCGGAACUGUUCCUGACCGCCGUAAAGCUCAGCCAUGACGGCACAGGAGCCCGGUACUUGCACCUGGCCCGAGAAGACACGAAUAACCUGUUCAGCGUUCAGUUCCGCACCACUCCCAUGGACAGUACCGGGGUCCCGCAUGUUCUUGAGCAUACGGUCCUGUGCGGCUCUCAGAAGUACCCAUGCAGAGAUCCUUUCUUCAAAAUGUUGAACAGGUCACUGUCCACUUUUAUGAAUGCCUUCACAGCUAGUGACUAUACUCUCUACCCGUUUUCCACACAAAACCCCAAAGACUUCCGGAAUCUCCUGUCCGUGUAUUUGGAUGCGGCCUUUUUCCCCUGCUUGCGAGAACUCGAUUUCUGGCAGGAGGGAUGGCGACUGGAACAUGAGAAUCCGAGUGACCCUCAGACAGCCUUGGUCUUCAAGGGGGUUGUCUUCAAUGAGAUGAAGGGAGCAUUUACAGAUAACGAGAGGAUAUUCUCACAGCACCUUCUGAACCGCCUCCUUCCUGACCACACGUAUGCGGUGAUCUCUGGUGGUGACCCAUUGUGCAUCCCAGACCUCACGUGGGAGCAGCUUAAACAGUUCCAUGCUACGCAUUAUCACCCCAGUAAUGCCAGGUUCUUUACUUAUGGUAAUUUUCCGCUAGAACAGCAUCUGGAACAAAUUCAUGAAGAGGCUCUGAGUAAAUUUCAGAAAAUUGAGCCACGCACCACCGUGCCGCCUCAGAAGCCUUGGGAUAAGCCGAGGGAAUUUCAGAUCACCUGUGCUCCGGACUCAAUGGCCGCAAGUUCCUCUAAACAAACAACCGUCAGUGUCAGCUUCCUCUUACCAGAGAUCACUGACACAUUCGAAGCCUUCACAUUAAACUUUCUGUCUUCACUCUUGAUCGGCGGGCCCAACUCCCCCUUCUACAAAGCCUUAAUUGAAUCUGGACUCGGCACAGACUUUUCUCCUGACGUUGGAUACAAUGGCUACACACGGGAGGCCUACUUCAGUGUGGGCCUGCAGGGGAUCGCCGAGAAGGACAUUCAGAUGGUCCGAGACAUAAUCGACAGGACCAUUGACGAUGUCAUCAUGAAAGGAUUUGAAGAUGAUCGAAUUGAAGCUUUACUUCAUAAAAUUGAAAUACAAAUGAAGCAUCAGUCUGUCAGCUUUGGACUCGCCCUGACCUCUUACAUAGCUUCCUGCUGGAACCACGAUGGGGACCCUGUGGAGCUCCUGAAGCUGGGAAGUCAGGUGGCUCAGUUCAGGCAGCGCCUUAAGGACAAUCCAAAGUUUUUGCAAGAGAAAGUGAAACAAUAUUUUAAGAAUAAUCAGCAUAAGUUGACAUUAUCAAUGAAGCCAGAUGACAAGUAUUCUGAGAAACAAGCACAAAUGGAAACAGAAAAACUGCAACAAAAGGUCAGCCCUUUGCCCAACCCUGGUGAACUUCUUACUGAGGAUAUAGUUGCAGGCAAGCCUUAUUUCGACCAACAGGGAAGAGCCACCUGCAGUGCUUGUGCUCCUGUGUCUGCUUCACUUUGGCCUGGCAGUGCUCACACCCCAGCACUCGGCAAGGGUGGGUGCGAGUUAGCGACAGAAGAGAUGAAUUACAAAAGAUCUUUCGGUUAUUAUCUUCCUAAAUGUUCAUACAUUUCCCCCCUUUCUUCCCUCCUAGGUUUAGAAUUACAGACUCAGCAAAGCAAAGCUCAGGAUGCCUCGUGUCUGCCGGCGCUGAAGGUGUCAGACAUUGAGCCCAGAAUCCCGUUCACUGAGCUGGCGGUGGCCCUGGCAGCUGGAGACGUCCCUGUGCAAUACUGCGCCCAGCCUACCAAUGGCGUGGUCUACUUCCGGGCCUUCUGCAGCCUCAACACCCUGCCCGAGGAGCUCCGGCCCUACGUGCCGCUCUUCUGCAGCGUCCUCACUAAGCUGGGCUGUGGAGUCCUCGACUACAGGGAGCAGGCUCAGCAGAUAGAGCUGAAGACGGGUGGGAUGACCGUGUCUCCCCACGUGCUCCCCGACGACUCCCACCUGGACACCUACGAGCAGGGUGUAUUUUUUUCAUCUUUCUGCCUUGAGAGAAACCUACCAGACAUGAUGCACCUGUGGAGUGAAAUAUUUAACAGCCCAUGCUUUGAGGAAGAAGAACACUUCAAAGUGUUGGUUAAGAUGACUGCUCAAGAGCUGUCCAAUGGAGUUCCAGACUCGGGCCACCUCUAUGCAUCCAUCAGAGCCAGCAGGACCCUGACGCCCGCGGGGGACCUGCAGGAGACCUUCAAUGGGAUGGACCAGGUGAGGUUGAUGAAGAGAAUCGCAGAAAUGACAGACAUCAGCCCCAUCCUGAGAAAGCUCCCGCGCAUCAAGAAGCAUUUAUUAAACUGCAACAAUAUGAGAUGUGCAGUGAAUGCGACCCCGCAGCAGCUGUCUCAGACGGAACGGGCAGUGGGAGACUUCCUCAGAAGCGUGGGGCGAAGCAAGAAGGAGCGGAAGCCGGUGCGCCCGCACGUGGUGGAGAAAGCUGUGCCUAACGGAUGUGGAGGAAGCGCACACGUUAGUGGAUGCCAAAUCGUCAGAAAGCUGAUCACAGAGCCCACUUUCACGCCCUGCCAGAUGAAGACACACUUUCUGCUUCCGUUCCCCGUGAACUACGUCGGUGAAUGUGUCAGAACUGCCCCCUACACGCACCCUGACCAUGCCAGUCUGAAGAUCCUGGCACGUUUGAUGACUGCAAAAUUCUUGCACACAGAAAUUCGAGAAAAAGGUGGUGCCUACGGUGGAGGCGCUAAACUCAGUCAUAAUGGAAUAUUCACCUUUUAUUCAUAUAGGGAUCCACGUUCCACAGAAACACUCCAGUCUUUUGCGAAGGCUGUGGACUGGGCCAAGUCUGGGAAGUUCUCACAGCAGGACAUUGACGAGGCCAAGCUCUCCGUGUUCUCUGCUGUGGACGCUCCUGUGGCUCCUUCGGACAAAGGGCUGGACCACUUCCUAUACGGCCUCUCAGAUGAUCUGAAGCAAGCGCACAGGGAACAGCUCUUUGCCGUCCACCGCGAAGGUCUCAUUGACGUGAGCAACAAGUACCUCGGUGUCGGGAGGAGCACCCACGGGCUGGCUCUGCUGGGACCAGAGAACACGAAGAUCGCCAAGGACCCUUCCUGGAUCAUCAGAUGACAAGGAGCUGCGGCUGUGCUCGGGACGUGGCUAAUGUGGCUCACAGGCCCCAGAGAAGCAAGCCGAGCCAAGUUUAAUUUGGAAGGUUUUUCCCAAAUAUCUUCCUCAUUUAUUAAUCUUAAAAUUUUGCCAAAGGUAUGUAUGUACUUGCCUGUCAGGUUAUCCCCAAACUCUUCUAUCUUAAAGAAGUGGGUGAUCAUGAAGAAAUGGAAAUAAUCAUGUAUUAAAUGCCAGAGAUGCACAGCUGUUGUAAGACUUUCUGAUAAUGAUAGAACAUUUAUUUAAAUACUUAAAAUAAAAGGCAACUCUGACCUACC